UCCUGAAGGUACACAAGUUUCUCCAGGAGCAUCUCUCGGCAGCUUAUACGGAAGCCUCACUGAACUCAAGAAUGUCAUUCCAGUCUUUCACAACCAUGAGGACAAAGAUAUGAGGAAACUGAGACAGAUCUUAAAGUUCUCUUUAAGAGGAUGUUGUCUGAGAAGAGUCUGACUAAAAUGUGCACUUAGAAGAAGAAAAAGGACAAUGGCUAAUGUGGUCCUCCUGUUGGCCAGUGCUGUGUCCACACUGGGCGGCCUGGUCUUUGGUUAUGAAAUGGGCAUCAUCUCUGGGGCCUUGCUACAGCUCAAAGUGGAUUUCAGGCUGUCAUGUGUUAGGCAGGAGGCUCUGGUCAGCUCCUUGUUAAUAGGAGCCCUGCUGGCCUCCAUUGUGGGCGGCAGUAUGAUCGACAAUCAGGGCCGCAGGAAGUCCAUCAUCUUCAGCAACAUCCUGAUCCUGGCCGGCAGCCUGGUCCUGCUCAUCAGCUCCUACGCUGCACUAGUAGUGGGCCGGAUCACAGUGGGCUUCGCCAUGUGCUUAUCCUCCAUGUCCUGCUGCAUCUUUGUGUCUGAAAUGGUUACCCCAGAACGCAGGGGCUUCCUGGUAACACUGUACGAAGCUGGAGUCACGGUGGGGAUUCUGGCAGCAUACGCCAUCAACUACUUACUGUCUGACUUAACAAGAGGGUGGAAGUGGAUGUUUGGAUUAGCCAUAGCACCCACUUUGAUUCAGCUGGUCUGUGUCAUAUUUCUUCCAUCAAGCACUAAAAAGUCCAAAUACAGAAGAGACUGCUCUCAAACCGAAAGAGACCUCAUAAGCUCAAGCGAAAGCCAUGAAUCAGAAGACUCAAAAAGCAUUGAGAACAAAACGAUUCAGUACAGCAGUGUGUACCUUUUCCAGCGCAAAGACAACAUGAGGACUCGGACUGUGAUCGGUCUUGGUCUGGUGCUCUUUCAGCAGUUCACGGGCCAGCCCAACGUGCUGUUAUACGCCUCCACCAUCUUCCACUCCGUUGGGUUUCAUAGCGAUUCCUCUGCAGUGCUGGCGUCUGUGGUGCUGGGGUUAGUCAAAGUGAUUGCCACCCUGUCCUCCAUGGUGGUCUCGGACAGGGUGGGCAGGAGACCUCUGCUCAUCAGUGGAUGCUCUGUCAUGGCGCUGUGUCUGAUAACCAUUGGGCUCCUGAGCGGACAGUCCAUGAUCCAGGAUGCGAAGAGGCCUUGUGAGUCUGAGGACUUCAGUGCUAACAUAACAGAUCUGCCUCGUCUGUCUCUUUUGAACCAGUCAGCUACUGAACCACCUUUCAAUGAAGACCAGAGACUUCUCUUUAACAGAACACAAACUGAGGAUGGGCUCGAUCAAGUCGGACAGACUGUAACAGACUCUCUGAAAUCUUCACGUCAUGUCAAUAACCAAGUGGUGAACUGGAUCAUUCUCCUGUGUAUGAUGGCUGUGGUCACUGCAUACUCUACUGGAUUUGGACCAAUGACGUGGCUUCUCCUGAGUGAAAUAUUCCCGGCUGCUAUCAGAGGGAGGGCCUUUGCAUUCACCAACUGCUUCAACUGGGCCGCCAACCUGCUGGUCACUUUCACUUUCUUGAAUUUUAUUGAUUUAAUCGGUCUGUCUGGGAUAUUUUUCCUGUACGGGGUAAUCGCUGUGGUAGCUGCAGUCUUCUUCCACUUCAUGCUACCAGAGACCAAAGGCAAGACUCUGGAGGAAAUAGACAGGGAGCUGCGUUCAAACAGGUUUUACCACAAUGAUGCGUGCUGUGGUAACUUAAGAAGCACUUCCGCAAAGUAUCAAAGAGUGCAGUGUGAGGUCAGCUCCUCGGGAUGAUCCAGUCAGAGCUGCAGCAUUUAACAAACACAUAUGAAGCAGUUUGCAAACCCCAGACAUACACAGAUUAACUUCCUACUGUACUGUAACCCUACUGACAUCAAAUUCAAGCUGACAUCUGAAAGUAGGUGUAAGUUUUACUUCAUAUUGAAAUGAAUGUGAUUUAUUUUUGUGAAAUGUUAAUAAAGUGAUUUCUGUUCAGUCACA